AUGUCGCCCCACAAUGAUCCAGGCCGAGAUUCACCCGCCCCGCCCCUCAGUCCGCCUCAAGCCGAUCAUUUGGAAACGCUAGACCCAGACGAGGACUCGGAUUUGAGCGAAACCGAAGAUGAACGCCCCCACCACGAUGGAUAUCGCCUUUUGCCGCAAGAUGCCCCAGGUUCAACGGCUUUGAUUGAAGAGAGCCAAUCCGACGAAGACGAGAACAAUGACGCGGACAUAGCGCAGUAUUUGAACGCCCAAGGGCAAGCACCGGAACCCGUAAAUCCCGAGGUGAGGGCCUUAAACGUGGCCAGUAUGCGAGCCCAACACGUGGAAGAAGUGCGGGCUAGAGAUCGUCUGUUUCAAUCCGAAAACGCCGUGCCCGAUAUCCCGUUAGAUACGGCCAAGGUGGAGUGCAUAAAGCUGGCCAUGUCGCAAAUGAGCUUACCCACGCCCCCUUGGGCGCAAGGCAUGAGUGAUGAACAGUGGCAGGCCUUGGUGGACCGAAAGCUGCACCCCACCCAUUGA